UAUUCACUUUCCUGGAAAAGUAAUAUUUACCGAAACAAUUUGCCCUACCAUUUCUCUCACCCACGCAUCUCACCCAUCUCUCGCUCUCGUCCAGACCCAGCCUCUCUCUCGUCCAGACCCAGCACCGCUUCCGUCGAGGACGCCGCCGCCGCCUUCCGAUCCACCACGCCGUUGCCGGACUUUCCUCUGCCGCCACCACUAGAUUUUGUAUUUUGAAGGUAGAGAAUUCUUUCUUGAAUAAACUUGGAAGCUAUGGUUGGCUGGCAAAGACAUAUAAAAACUUUACUCAAUCAUGUUGGAAAAAGAGUUGAACAUGGUUACACUCAAUCUGCCAACUUAUGUUGUUCUCGCCUCGAGUCCUUUCGCUUGCCAGCUGAGUUGACUUAUCUCCAAAGGGUUUUGAAGCCCCCUUCUGCAACCAUUUCGAGGCCGUUUUAUCAGUUAUAUCAACAGUUGGGAAUUUCUACUUCAAGAAUAUUACAAGCAGAUUCGACUGAUGAAGUGCCUAUUCGGUCUCCAUUGACUCCUCCCGUUUUGGCGAUAGGUAGUGGUAAAACUGAAGACCAGCAGCAGAAAUCUGUUUCUAAACCUGCUCAAGUUCAAGCCAUCUUAAAAUGCAUAAAACAGAGUCCAAAGAAGGUAAAUUUGGUUGCUGCAUUAGUUCGGGGAAUGCGUGUUGAAGAUGCAUUGUUGCAGUUGCAAGUGACGGUGAAGCGAGCAGCAAAAACUGUCUAUCAGGUUAUUCACUCUGCCCGAGCAAAUGCAACCCAUAAUCAUGGGUUGGAUCCGGAUCGUCUCCUUGUUGCUGAGGCUUUUCUUGGGAAGGGAUUAUUCAAAAAGAGAAUUGCAUAUCAUGCUAAAGGAAGAUGUGGAAUAAAAGUGAGACCAGAGUGCCGACUAACGGUGGUAGUAAGGGAAACUACCCCGGAGGAAGAGGCCAAGAUAGCGCGGCUGAAAGUCCACAAUUUCCGAAAGCUUUCCAAGAAGGAAAAGCGGCUUGUCCCUCAUACGCUUAUUGAGACCACUCCAAUUUGGAACAGGAAAGGCAAAGCCAGCAAUGGUGAAUCGAGAGGUACAGCGGCAUGAACGAGCUUCUGGAGUCCUUCACAUUCCAUUCAAAAUUUUGUAGAAGUUUUAGAGAUCUCCCUUGUUUCUGUUAACCGCUCGAUGUGUUUUCUCUUCCUCUGGUGGAUGUGAUGUACUCAUCCUUUGUCAAGAGAAUAAGUUUUGAGAUGGACGUGUUUCUGCACGUUUGCUAUCAUUUGCUGCUGCAAUGAACGUAGUUUUGCUUUGACCAACCAACCUAUGGCAAAUGAAUGAAAUGAAUUCAUCUUCCUCUC